GGGAUAGCUUGCUUCCCACCUAUGUCUUCGGAGUCGGAGCGCCUGCUGUCACGUGGAUAGCUUGCACCCGUUUCUUCUGAGCGCGCUUCCCACUGAGGCCUGAUAUGGCUGGUUUUUGGCUUUUUGCUUCUUUCUUGAUAUGAAAGUGGCCAUGUCACGUGGGGGUCGCUUCUUUGAUUGGUUUGGUUCAUUCGUCUUCAGUUUUUGGCUAUGUUUGGAAUGUGCCUAUGUUGGUAACCUGAACCUGAAGCAGCCCAUGCGGCACGGAGCUUGCCCAUCCUCGUACAUAGGAAUCCCAGCGUUUUUUUUUCUCCCUAUGCAAAUGUUUAGAAACCUGAACAUUUUGUCCCCACGCCUAUGCCUAUGUUUAGAAACCUGAAACAGCCCAGCCCAUGCUGCACGAACCACAGCGGGGGAGGAAGCAAUAGCUCAAAACCGUCCAACCUCUCUCCCGCUCUUUCUUGAUCGAUUCGCUCUAUCACCGUCGCUCUUCCUUGACCGAUCCGUUCAUCACCGCCGCCGGCCGGGACCCUCGCAUCGCAUGCAUGACCAAGUCGGCGGCGAGGAGCGCGUCGACGGUGUCGGAGGCGGCGGCCGCCGCCGCGGCGAUGUCGCUCCCGUCCAUGACGAAACCGGGGAGGAACAGCACUACGUCCGUGGAGGCGGCGACGGAGAGCGCGCUGCGGGUUACGCCGAUGAAGCUGCUGGUGCGCGUGGUGGAGGCGCGUGGCCUCCCCGCCGUGCACCUCAACGGCUCCAGCGACCCCUUCGUGAAGCUCAAGCUGGGCAAGCGGCGCGCCAAGACGGCCGUGGUGAAGCGCAGCCUGUCGCCCGCCUGGGACGAGGAGUUCAGCUUCCUCGUGGGCAACGUCGCCGAGGAGCUGGUCGUGUCCGUGCUCAACGAGGACAAGUACUUUAGCAACGACCUGCUGGGUCAGGUCCGCCUGCCGCUGUCCCAGGUCAUGGAGACCGACGACCUCUCCCUCGGCACCCAGUGGUACCAGCUCCAGCCCAAGAGCAAAAAGUCCAAGAAGAAAUGCCGCGGAGAAGUUUGUCUGCACGUAUCGUUGUCCACAAGAACCCACGUAUCCGAAGAAUCACAGAGCGUUCCCCAUCCUGCAUCAGACGACCUGGCGUCCAGUUCAGACAGCACCAUCGAGCACAAAACGCUGUCGACAACAUAUAGCUGCAUCGACCUAUCAGCCGUCCCCAGCAUCGAACGAGCGUCUCGCAGCAGCUUCGAGCGAUUCCCUUCCAGCAUUCUGGAGCAGCCAGACCGGAGCAGCGUGGAGGACUUAGCAGCCCCUGACCCUGGUGGACCAGCAGCAGCCGCAGACACCGACGCGAUGCCAACCCCGUCGUCAGUGGUGGAGGUCCUGUCCCGCUACUUCUUCAGGAAACCCGAGAACGCCACCGUGCAGCAGGUGCAGCAUUCUGUCGCAUCGGACACCACCGACCAUCCAGUCGUCGACCGUCAGCUGCAAGAGCCAAACGCGAGCUCAUCAGAAGACCGUGAGAUCCCCGAGAGAGUCACGGUACCUGAGCCAAGCCUCGACGAGCUGCUCAAAGUCAUGGAGUCAAAAGACCAAGGCAGCGAAAUGCCGGCCGCCUUGCCUGGUGGCACGCUGGUCGACGAGUCCUACGUCGCCGCUCCCACCGAGCUCAACUCUCUCCUGUUCUCGGCGAGCUCAGACUUCUGGCCAGCAGUGGCGGAGCUCCAAGGAACGAGCGGGUUCCAGAUCGAGCCGUGGAAGCUCGACAGCAGCGAGAGCUUCGUGCAGAGGACACUGAGCUACACGAAGGCCGCAAGCAAGCUGGUGAAGGCCGUGAAAGCCACGGAAGAGCAGAAGUACCUGAAAGCGGCCGGGAACUCGUACGCGGUGUUCUCCGUCGUCAGCACUCCCGACGUCCCCUGCGGGAACUGCUUCAAGGUGGAGAUACUGUACUGCGUCACGCCGGGUCCCCAGCUCCCGUCCGAAGAGCAGACGUGCCACCUCACCGUGAGCUGGAGGGUGAACUUCGUCCAGAGCACGAUGAUCAAAGGGAUGAUCGAGAGUGGCGCCAAGCAAGGCAUGGCCGAAGGUUUCGCCCAGUUCUCCGAGGUGCUGUCCCAGAAGCUCAAGACGGCCGAGCUUGACGACGCCAACUCCAACAAGGAGAAGAUUCUGGCUUCGCUGCACGCGCAGAAGGAAUCGUGCUGGCGGCUGGUCGUCCGCUUCCUCGGGAACUUCACGUUCAUUUUCUCCGUCGCCAUAGCGCUCUACGUCAUAGCGCACCUUCAUCUGUCCAAGCCCGACGUGAUGCACGGGCUCGAGUAUUUUGGCCUCGACCUUCCGGACUCCAUCGGGGAGGUUGUGGUCUGCGCGGUUUUGAUCCUUCAGGGACAGAACAUCGUCAAGGUAACACGGCGCUUCUUGAGUGCGUGGAAACAGAGAGGCAGUGAUCAUGGGGUCAAAGCUCACGGGGACGGUUGGCUGUUGACCGUAGCGCUUAUAGAAGGCACUGGCAUCAUAGCUACUGGCUCAUCUGACCUCUUUGAUAUCUACGUUGUUUUCACAUGCAAUGCCAAGAGGAAAACGAGCUCGAUUAAGUUUCAGACGUCCGAUCCAAAAUGGAACGAGAUAUUCGAGUUUGAUGCCAUGGACGAUCCUCCGUCAAGGAUGGACGUUGCGAUCUAUGACUCGAGCGGACAGUGCGUCAUUGGCCACACAGAAGUCAACUUUCUGAAGAACAAUCUGUCAGAACUGACUGACAUAUGGCUUCCUGUCAGUGGGAAGUGUGACCAAGCGAGCAACCCUAGGCUGCACUUGAGAAUAUUCUUGAACAACUCGAGGGGCACCGAAGUCGUCAUGAACUACCUAGCAAAGAUGGGGAAAGAAGUCGGCAAGAAGAUAAAUUUGCGGUCAGCCCAAACAAACGUUGCAUUCCGGAAGCUGUUCGCCCUCCCUCUGGAAGAGUUCCUCAUCGACGAUUUCACCUGCCAUCUCAAACGGAAGAUGCCGCUUCAGGGCCGCCUCUUUUUCUCCCCGAGAAUAGUUGGGUUUUAUUCCAACAUAUUUGGGCACAAGACCAAGUUCUUCUUUCUGUGGGAGGACGUCGACGACAUCCAGGUCAUCCCUGCUACACUGUCCAUCGGUAGCCCGUCUCUGAUGAUCAUCCUUCGGAAGGAUAGAGGGUUGGAGGCAAAGCAUGGUGCCAAGGGAACAGAUCAUCAUGGAAGGCUCAAGUUUGUUUUCCAAUCUUUCGUUUCCUUCAACGAUGCUUACAGGAUAAUCACAGCAAUCUGGAAAAUCCGAGCGCUCAGCCCCGAACAGAAGGGGGAGGCGACUGAAAAAGACGAAGUGAAAGAACUGCUGCCUGAAGAAGCCGGAACCUUGUUCACUAACGCGGACGUUAAAAUGUCUGAAAUAUUCUCAUCAGUUCUUUCUGUUGAUGUCGAGUCCUUGAUGGAGAUGUUUUCAGGAGGCCCCCUGGAGCACAAGAUGAUGCAGAAGGCCGGCUGCAUAGACUACACUGCCACGCAGUGGGAGCUCGUAGGGUGCAACAUACAGCAGCGGCAGACGAGCUACAAGCUCGACAAGAACCUAUCUCGGCACGGAGGAGAAGCGGCCACCACCGAGCAGAAGUACAGCUUGGUGAACCAGGAUGGCUGGGCCAUCGAGAAGGUGAUGACCCUCCAAGGUGUUCUGCUCGCAGACCACUUCAAUCUCCAGAUGAAGUACUGUAUCACGAACGUACCUUCGAAGCCAAACACCUGUAGUGUGCUGGUUUUGCUGGGGAUUGCCUGGUUAAAGAGCACCAAGCAGCAGAAGAAGGUCACCAAGAGCAUUAUUUCCAAUACCUCGAAUGGAUUGAAGGAACUGUUUGCUGAAGUCGAGAAGGAGCUCACAUCAAGCAGCAGUAGCCAUCCUAAUGUAGCAGCUGGUCCCACUACUGCUUAAAUGUUAUCAGUAUCACAUACAAACAAUUAUUACAGGAUUCACAUCAAAGCAAUUCAGGUACAAGGCUAACAUCAGUACAACACCAAAAGAUAGAUUGGGCAUUGCAUGAAUCACAUGCGUAUGAAGAAGCCAGAAGAGUGGAUAGCUGUUUGUGAUCUCUUCCUGUUCUCUUCUGUUCACGGUGUCACCUGCUUCAGCGCUCUUGCACUGCCGGUAGAAAGUCUUACAGAGAUGAGAGCUAAAAGGGUUUCAAAGUAAACAGGUUGUUUCAGAAACGCUUCACAGAAAGUGGCGCGCAGAGUAGUGUAUGUGCAGCUGACAUGUAUGUAUAGUUAAAAGGAACCUAACUUUCGCUCAUAAAUGUAAAAUAGAAAAAAAGCGGGGGAACUAUAUAUGCAAGAUCAAAUUCAGGAUAUGCUUUGCCCGUUCUUUCUGUCAAUUUCCUCGAUGCAUGAGUAUGUACAGAUAAGCAGGAAAUGUUGGUUUAGGAGAAUAAUGCACUAGCUUUUGAAGGAACAUGUCGCGAUGGACUUGACAAAGAAAUUUGAAAUAUGAUUUUUCA